UAUAUAUGUCAUCUCUCGCCCCCUCUGUUCUAAUGGUUUCUCUCUUCCACAGCAGCCUCCAUGUCUGUCGCAUUUCAUCACAAGUUGCCUCAUUCUUCGGUGAUCCAUGAACGAGCUCACUACGUCCCCAAGGGCCGCGUCUGUUGCUUGGCAGCCACCACGACCAAGCCCCGCCCCAACCCGGCCGAACUCGCCGUCGAGCCGCGGCCAUUGACUGCUCCGGCUCCGCCGAUAUCGCCGACCCGCCCGAUACUCGACGACCCAACGUUGAAAUCCACGUGGGGCCACCGCGCGUGGCUUGCCUGCGGGUGCACCACCGUGCUGGUUGCUCUGGCCAAGUCGGCAAUCGCCUCGGGUGAGUCUCACGUGUGGGCCGAGCCCAUCUUGGCGGGAGCGGUCGGGUACGUCCUGGCGGACCUCGGAUCGGGAGUCUACCACUGGGGCAUCGACAACUAUGGCGACGUGUCGACCCCGGUCUUCGGGAACCAGAUAGAUGCCUUCCAGGGCCACCACAAGUGGCCCUGGACGAUCACCAGGCGCCAGCCGGCAAACAACCUCCACGCACUGGCUCGUGCGGUGGCAUUCGUGGUGGGCCCGAUCGACCUCAUCUGCAACGACCCAACGAUGCUCGGAUUCGCGGCCGCGUGCUCGGGCUGCAUCAUGUUCAGCCAACAGUUCCACUCGUGGGCCCACAGCACAAAGAGCAAGCUCCCACCGCCAGUGGUGGCACUGCAGGAUCUCGGGCUGCUCGUGUCGCGGUCGCAGCACGCGGCCCAUCACCGGGCGCCAUACAACAACAACUACUGCAUCGUGAGCGGGGUUUGGAACGAGUUUCUCGAUGACCGGAAGGUGUUCGAGGUGCUGGAGAUGGUGCUGUUCUUCAAGUUCGGGCUGAGGCCGCGGUCCUGGAGCGAGCCGAGUUCCGAGUGGAUGGAGGAUGUUGAGGAGGGACUUGCAUCAAGUUGAAGCUUGAUGUGCUUCCUUUUCAUGUUGGUUUUUGGCAAUUGACUUUUUGAGUCUCAAGUCACUGUAAUCGUUCGAUUAGGCGGAUAGCAAUUCUAUCUCAUAGGGAAAGGUUUAGUGACAAAUGUGCCAAACGUGCCAGUAAUAUACAUUUGAUUAUAUUUUUCAUAA